CAGCCCCCUGCACCGUAGCUUUGCAGAGAGAGGGCUCUUCCCAGGGCUGCAGAGACGGUGGGUGGUGGGAUUCCCUCCCCCGGGAGGGGAAAUGCCCAGGCUCGAACCUCCUCUCCCCCCCUUUUACAAAGAAGCAAAACAAAAAGGGCAGGGCGGGGUCUGCUGGUGGGGAGGGGGCUCUUCGUCCUGCUGGUCCUGGCGCUUCCUUCCUUCCUUCUGCAGAGCCAAAAGGGGAGGGGGGAGGUCAGCAUCCAGGUAUUGUUCAACGAGAGAGAGAGAGAACAAUGAAGGCAGGUAGGGGAGCCCUUCCCUUCCCCUGCCACGCGUGGGGGGGGGCAUUGCAGCCCCCCCCUCUCUUGUGCAUGGGGUGAGGUGGGGGAGGCUCUUUAAAGAGCAAAUGUCCCAUGGAAAGAACCGCCAGGGGGGAUGCCUGUUUUGUAUGGGGAGUGGGUGGGAGGUGGGCUGCCAUUCGUUUUUGCAGCUCUUCUGUCUUAAGGCAGCCCACCGUAGUCCAUCUUGGAUCCUGUAGAAAAGUACAGGUAGUGCUUGACCGCAAUCGAGUUCGCCAACAUUUCUGUUGCUAAGCGAGACGGUUGUUAAGUGAGUUUUGCCCCGUUGGAUGACUAUCCUAUGUCACUGUUGUUAAGUGAAGCGUUGCAUGCAUUUAGUAACAGUCGUUAAGUGAAUCUGGCCAUUGGAGGUCACAAAAGGGGAUCCUAGGACCUCCGGUAACACUGCAACCACCAUAAAUCUAAGCCAGUUGCCAAACUUCCAAAUUUUGAUCAUGUGACCAUGAGGACGGUGCAGCGGUUGUUAAGUGUGAGAAACGAUCAUAAAGUCACUUUUUCCAGUGCCAUUGUACUGGAACAGCCACUAAAGGAAUGGUUGAAAGCUUCAAACUGUCACUAAAUGAAUGGUUGAACAUUGAAUGUAAUCUUGUUUAGAGGGGAAAGGGGGUUGCAAUCACUCUGUGAAGGCAGAUGGGAAGUUGUGUGGUUUUGGACUAAGGCAAAGUCUCGCCCUUAAAACUGGAUCACAUCUUUGGAGGAUGCUGGCUGGGGAAUUCUGGGAGUUGAAGUCUGCAAAAGUCUUAAAAAGUUUCCAAGGUUGGACCAUCCCUUUUUUUUACAGGAUAAAACGGUUUGAGAGUUUGCCUUGUUGUCUCCCAGUGCUGAGAGCCCUUUACUCCAUCCUUCAAAAUCCUUUGGGAAUGAGUGCUGUGUGGCGUACCUAAUAAAUAAAUGAAAAGAUGAAAAAAAUGGAUGUAUGAAAGGGAGAGGCUCGUUCAGCAGGGAUUUCCUCUGGUUCCUUGAGAGCCACCCAACCUUGGCUGGGAAAAUGCUGGAAGAAGAAAGAAGAACACUGCAAUGACACUACAUGGUCUUGACUUUGCAGAACUUGGUAGCCAUCAUCAAUCAGAGCCAUCAUUGCCUUGGCGGCUUGUAAUUGACAGCCUAGGAAGGCCGUCUGUCCUGUUCGGGAAAAUAUCUCAAGGAUGGAUGAGCAAAAUACAGUUGGCCCAGAAGCUGGAAGGGACCCUGAGACCAUCAAGUCAGGGAGCAGUGGAGAAAACUGGGGGCUCCGUCCGGAGGUCCAUCGUCAGUGUUUCCGGCAGUUCCACUACCAGGAUGCCAAGGGGCCUCGGGAGGUCUGUAAGAAGCUCCACGAUCUCUGCCAUCUGUGGCUCAGACCAGAGCAACACACCAAGAACCAGAUUUUGGACAUGCUCAUCCUGGAGCAAUUCUUAGCUGUCAUUCCUCCGGAGAUGCAGAGGUGGGUCCGAGAAUGUGGAGCAGAGACCAGUUCCCAAGCUGUAGCCCUGGCUGAAAUUUUCCUCUUGACCCAGGCCGAGGACAAGAAACAAGAAGAACAGCAGUAUACAGAAUCGGGCCCCAACUUUCCUGAACUAUUCAAGACGUCCUCAGAUGCCCGACAGAGCGCUCUGCGAAGGUGGAUGAAACAUGAAAGUGACGGAACGUCCAUCCUACAAGGAGAUGGAAUGAUGUCGGUGAUACGUGCCCAGUCAACCUCUCUUCUUUGUGGCGGAGCAGACAUAACAGCUGCACAACAGUCUCAGGGCACAGUGACAACUGAGGAUGUGGCAGUCCAGGUCACUGAGAAAGAAGGGAUUCUGCCAGAUCCUGACCAGAAAGGUUUCCGCAAGCAAGCCGUGGAGCAAGAUGGCGGACUAAUGGCUGCCUUUGAAGCCGAUAAGUGGGCAGUCGAGAGAAAAGGAGACUCAUUGGUGGGGCUGCCAGAAGGAGAUGGCAUUAAAAAGAGGGAGAAACAGAGGAGAAAAUCGGUACCAAAUCGGAAAAGGAUGAUGGAGCUGAAUGAGUGCCCCGCUUCCCAGAGCAGCAACUUCCAUCAAAAUGCAGUCCAAGAAAAAAUAGAGAAAAUGAAUAUUGCAAAAAUAAGUGAGCCAGCCCGUAAAAGACAAAGGACGUAUCUGUUCCAUAAAGAAUGGGAGGAACGGUACUGUUUCAUGGACGUGAACGGCAAAUCGGUGUGCUUAAUCUGCUCAUCCACGGUCGCGGUGGCCAAGAAGCACAACGUCCAGCGGCACUUUGAGAGAAACCAUGGCACGUUCACCAAAAACUACCCCCUCGAUUCCGAGCUUCGCAAAAUGAAAGUGAAAGAGAUGAAGUCCAAGUUUGCCUCCCAGCUGACCGUCUACACCAAACCCGUGGUCCACUCCAAGAACACCACCAUCGCCUCUUUCAAAAUCGCCAGUUUGCUGGUUAAACGAAACAAACCCUUCGAGGACGGCGAGCUGCUGAAAGAGGUGUUCCUGACAGCGGCCGACUCGAUUUUCGAAGGCUUCUCCAAUAAGAAAGAGAUCAUGACCGCCAUACAAAAACUCCAGUUGUCCGGGAACACCGUUUCUCGUAGAAUCCAAUCCAUCUCGAACGAUUUGGAGUACCAGCUGCAAAGCGACCUGCAGAAGUGUCUCUGGUUUUCCCUGCAGCUGGACGAGUCCACCGACAUAACCGACACAUCCCAACUGGCCAUGAUCGUCAGGCUCGUCUUUAGCGAUCUGGCGGUAAAGGAAGAGCUCCUCAAAAUCCUGUCUUUGAAAGGGAAAACGAGGGGCGAGGAUAUCUUCCUGACAUUCAGAAACUACGCCACCGAAACCAACCUCCCUCUUCAUAAACUGUCUUCCAUCACGACCGACGGGGCGCCCGCCAUGGUGGGCAGCAUGGACGGGUUCAUUGCUCACUGCCAAAAGGACGAAACUUUCCCAAAGUUUAUUUCGUAUCACUGCAUUAUCCACCAAGAGGCACUGUGUGCCAAAGUGCUGCAGUUCAAACACGUCAUGGACGUGGUUACCAAAAUCAUAAACUCCAUCCGCGGCGUCUCUUUGCAGCAUCGGCUCUUUAAAGCCCUCCUGAAGGAUGUGGACGCGGAAUACGGGGACCUGAUCUUGCACACAGAGGUCAGGUGGCUCAGCAAAGGCAAAGUCCUUGCCAGGUUUUUAACCCUGAGGGAUGAAAUAAAGGCGUUUUUAAAAACUAAAGACCAGUAUGUGGAACAGCUGGAUGACCGGUUCUGGUUGGUGGAUUUAGCUUUCCUUGCUGACUUGAUGCAAGAACUCAACAGUUUGAAUAUUGAGCUGCAUCGAAAUGAUAAGCAUCUUUCCGGCAUGAUCUCUUCGGUCCACUCCUUCAAAGGCAAACUGAGGUUGUGGAAGUCACACCUGCAGGUGAAGUCCCUCCUUCCCUUCCCUUCCAUGAAGCAAGUGGUCGGGGACAGCGACUUCAACAACGCGCCCUUUGUGGGUUACCUCGAGACUUUGGAGGAACAAUUCCACGCCCGUUUCCAGCAGUUCACCAGCAUCGAGCCGGUAGUGUCCUUCUUUGAAAACCCGUUCAGUCCGAUCGAUGUCGCGGAGACAGCCGUGGCCAUCGGGGAACUGUGCCAGGCCUUGGUGGAAGAGGUCGAGAUGGAGAUUGUGGGCCUUCAGAACGACAUCAUUCUCAAAUCCAACUCGAGCCAUGCCAACUUUUGGAACCUGGUGGACGCCCAAAAAUUCCCUCUGUUGAGGAAGACGGCUGCCAAGAUCAAGUCUUACUUUGGGUCCACUUACCAGUGCGAGUCCGUCUUCUCGACACGGAGAUUUAUCAAGUCAAAGAACAGAACUCGGAUGACGGACAAACACCUGGAUGACUGUUUGCGAGUGGCAAUCUCUUCCUACACUCCCAAUUAUAACCGGCUUGCCGACGGCAUGCAGUGCCAAGCCUCUCACUAACCCGGAGCCGUGCUGUGAAACUUGGCCAAUGUGUGGCUGUUUUGCACAAAUCAGUAGCUUGUGUAGAGCAGACUUCACCUUGCCAAUUUUUCUAUUUUCUAUUCUGUGUUCCAUCGAAUGGUAGAGAUACUAGGCUUAAAUGUAUACCGAUUUAUUUGUACUGUGAAUAUAAUUAUGUACUGGUAGUCUAGGGAUAAUGUUGAGUUAUACACCUACCUGCUCUCUCUACUAUGCAAAUAAAUACUCUUUUAUAUGUGGAAUCAUCUGUUACCAGCAAAUGUGUCAUGAUGGGACCAGGGAUAACAUUGGAGGUGCAAAGUGUGUUACAUCACAUAUAGACACUUCCUUAAGUGUCCCAAGUUCCCAUCAUAAAGGUAUACAUCAUAAAUAGUUUUAUUGAC